AUGAUUACCAAUCGCCCAGCUACUCUGGCCGACAUCCCACAAGUGCGGGAUAUCAACCACUGGUACAUUGUUAACAGCUGUUCCACUUUUGCGACUACCCCACCACCGAUAUCGCACUAUGAGGACAUCUUGCGGGAUCUCAUGAGACGGAAUCUCCCAUUCUACGUGGUGGUAUCUGACACGCGCAAGACACCAGAUGGCGCAGAUUUAAUUCUUGGUUACGCUUACUUGUCUCCAUUCCGUGGCCAUUUGCUGUCCUAUGCGCCCACCGUGGAGCUCUCAAUCUUCAUGCGCCAUGACCAGCAGCAGUACGGCUAUGGAACAAUUGUUCUUAGAAGGCUGUUGGGAUUGCUUGAGCAAGGUGUUGAGCACCACUGUGAGGAAAGAGUGGCCGAUAUUCCACGGAUCGGACUUGGUGGCUCCAUGGGUGUCAUGAAGAAUUGUCUCGUUCAAAAUGUCAUUGCAGUGGUAUCCUAUGAUACAACUUUCCCUACUGAAGGAGAAAGAUUGAGAAAAUGGUACACCAAAUGGGGGUUUGUCAAGAAAGGGCAACUGGAAAACGUGGGGAGAAAGAUGGGUCAUUGGGUUGAUACUGUCUACCUUCAAUGGACAGUUCCAGAUCAAGUGCAUAGUGAUUGA